AUGCUCUCUUUGGAGAGGCCCAUUGUUGGAAAGCACUCGUCAUCGUCGCCGCUGUCGUCACCAUCGUCAUCAAAAGGAGGCUGCUAUGAAAUAAGGCAUGGCGACGCGGUCAUCCUCGUGUCGAGGAAACCGGUUGCUCAAGCGGCACGAGAACUACUGAAUAGGAAAUCGCUUGUGAGCAGAGAUGAGGUAAGGCGAGGUGAGGUGCGGUGA